AUGAGCGUAGUCGAUACAAACAAGAACAUUGAAAACGCGAAAGACGGCCGUAGCAUAACUGCCAGGAUCCUAGGAAACAAAUUUCCGAAUACCAAGACGACGACGCCGCCACCGCGCAAGAUGAACGCGAAAAGCACGAGGCAAAGAACGCCGCCUGUUCCUCAUCUUGAUGGCGACGGUCCUUCUGGACUAGAAGGUCGCCUUCAGCCACGUCGCUGCCUUCGCCGUGGAUGUCUGCUACGCGACCAUGGCAACAGAGAUGGCGUGGAGGGAGUAGAAAGAAGGAAAACUGUAUUAGCCGAACAUGGAUGCGGUUCGGAAGUUGCGUGGCUGAAGUCAACUAUCCUCUCAAAUUUACCGGGGAAUGCCGCCCGGGCCGCGAAGGAUGAACCACAGAUCUGGUGGAUGGAAUGGUUGAUGGGCAUCGGGCUUCCUUCAGAGGGCCUCAUGGAGGAUCUUCUCAGAUCGAGCUCGAGUAAAGCCGUCAUCAGGUUCACAAAGAGUCGAAACCGUGCAAAUGCCGACACCGACUACAUCUGUGCAGACGUGAUUCUGCAUCCGAAUCACAUACCCGAGUCCUCGUCGGAAGAUGCCACAACAAAUAAAUGCUUUGUUCUUUCAUGUUUGCGGCAGGCAACCUUCACGUACACUAUGUUCUUUUCUUCGGCGCUUGCUGUCGGCGCACACUACGCGAGACACCCUUCCCCGACCCGCUGUUUCCCAAUAUCCCAGCUCGCACUUGGCAGAAUUUUUGGAAGUACCCUUCCACUGCCAGAGAAACCUUCAAGUCAUCUUCUACGAGAGAACUCGAAUCCUGGCCUAGUCUGUCUAAACUUCGAGUCUUGGAACAAGGGCUGUCUAUUCUUGUCGAUAGGCGAUCGAUCAUCUAUCUUCGCGUCUUCGUCCCAUGACAGUUGGUAUUUUUUGACUAUUGCCCGACUACCCUUGCGUUUCGUCUGUUUUCGUCUCAUCAAUCGUGGUGCCACAUGA